GAUGGAUGGCCCAGUCAAGCUUAUCGAGUGUCCAAAAUUGGAGUAACAAUAAUGACAAAAAUUGUGGCUCGCCACGCUGAUAAGGAAGGUAAUAAUGUUAAAAUAUUUUCAUGUUGUCCUGGUUGGGUUAAAACGGAUAUGGCAGGUGAUGCGGCAACACUCACUCCUGACCAAGGUGCAGAAACACCAGUAUUUCUUGCUUUCGACGAAACAGUUGUGCCUAAAAGUCCAACUGGAACUUUUUG